AUGGCCGAUAACCCACGAUCGCCCUCAAGCACCAAGUCGAGGACUAUCCGAUCCCAAAAGAUCGCCCCGUCCUCCGCCGACGGCGACAGUGGAAACGAGGCACAAGACCGAGUUGCUGCCCCUACUCGAAGUCAUACACCAGGUCACCUCUCAUCUAAGAGCCAGGGAAUUUCCUCGAGUAAACGCAAGGCAUCCGAGCCCUCGAUACGUUCACGUUCGCAGUCCGUCUCUAAUAAAUCCGCGUUUGCCGUGCCACCGCCUCAGUCUGCUCCGACGCCCAUCCCCACUCUCACCCUUCGGCGCCAUGGUGAUUAUACUACUCCCAUACCGUCUGAUCCGCAGGUCGGGUCCUCUAGUCUAGAUGAUGGACGGCGGCCGGUAGCUAUGCGCUCGACGUCGGCCAUCGCCGGCCGAGCCACUACUACGAGCACGGGGUCGGGAGCUUCCGGUGGAUCUCGAAAAGCGUCCUCCGCUCCACGGCCGCGUGGCCCUCAUGUCCCAUUUCCGCCUCUCCAAGAUCCCAAGACAGCACCCGAUGUGCCCGCUGCACCUUCAUCAGGCAUGUAUUGGUCGCGAGCACCGGUAUCCGGAGCCCCCCACACCCCACUCCGUGCACACACGACGACUCUAAUCGGGAGCAACGUAUAUGUCUUUGGGGGUUGCGAUUCGCGUGCCUGUUUCAACGAGCUGUAUGUCCUAGAUGCGGACUCGUUCCACUGGAGUAGCCCACAUGUGACGGGUGAUAUACCUGUCCCGUUGCGCGCCAUGACGUGUACAGCUGUCGGCAAGAAACUGGUGGUAUUUGGUGGUGGAGACGGCCCGGCUUAUUAUAACGACGUGUACGUGCUGGAUACGGUAAAUUUUCGGUGGCAUCGACCGCGGAUAGUAGGGGACCGGACCCCGAGUGCGCGGCGAGCGCAUACGGCCUGCCUGUAUAAAAACGGCAUCUAUAUGUUUGGCGGUGGAGACGGAAUACGUGCUCUAAACGAUAUAUGGCGGCUCGAUGUUACAGAUGUGCAUAAGAUGAGCUGGAAGCUGGUAUCGAGUCCCUCGGCAACCAGCUCGAACGGAACGGUAGUCAAAGAUACCAGCCGACCCAAAGCGCGGGGCUACCAUACAGCGAAUAUGGUAGGAAGCAAGUUGAUCAUCUAUGGAGGAUCAGAUGGCGGCGAGUGUUUUAAUGACGUAUGGGUAUACGACGUGGACACGCACGCCUGGAAGGCGGUGCACAUCCCCGUAACGUUCAGGCGGUUGUCACACACUUCAACGAUCGUAGGUUCGUAUCUAUUCAUCGUUGGGGGUCACGAUGGCAAUGAAUACUCCAACGACGUGCUGCUUCUCAAUUUAGUCACUAUGACCUGGGACAAGCGGAGAGUAUAUGGCCUUCCCCCCAGCGGUCGCGGGUACCACGGCACGGUGUUACAUGAUAGCCGGCUCGUCAUAAUCGGCGGCUUCGACGGCGGUGAGGUUUUCAGCGACGUCUGGAUCCUCGAGUUAGCCGUACACGCGUAUUACUCGCAGAUAAGCCAUUUUACUAUCGAAGUCUAG